GGUGUCUGAGCCAGUGCGCACGUCCCUUUCCUGUUGUGCCUGCAGGCGGCCGUCUGGAAGAAUUGGCCCAGGCUGGUUGGAAAGGUGGUGGCUUGAAGCUAACCACCCUCAGCAGGGCAUUUCUGGGCUCACAGAGCUUCUGUUAUUGGGGUGGUCACUGUCGAUGGCUUCAAGGGCAUUGACCGUGGCGAUGGAGUUUUCAGGCAUUGAGCUGAUUUCUGUAUCUUUGAAACAGAAGUAAUUCCUCGCGGGUUGAGUGUUGUCCUGGUGCUCUGGAGGAGUCACCAGCAUGUGGAGUGUCGUCAUGGGGCCGAGUCUGGGACAGAGGCACUGCAGGGGGCAUGGACUGGCUGCCACAGGCGCCAGGUGGGGCAGCUCAGCCCCAGACCUGCUGAGGAGGUGGCCUGGGGUUGGGGCUGGGGCACAGGUGUCUGGGCAAGGGUGGGCUUCAGGGAUUGUGGUGAUGAAGACUGAAGCCACAGGCCACAACUGCUUCCCAUUCCUGGAGCGUAAGAGCCAGGGCCCUGGCCAGUGUGGAGGGGAGAUGAUGCCCACCGUGGCUCCCUUCCUCUCUUGCACAAUCAUUCAUUCACCCAGGCAUUCCAUCAACUGACCCUGAGCUGCUGCCCCCUGCUGGGCCUGUAGGGUCUCGGGGAGGCACAGAGAGCCAGUCAGCAGCUUAACAAGUGGAGGCUGGGCCUUUGCUUGGGCCCCUUGCCCUGCACACAGCUGAUGAGGAGACACCCCAGGGCCGAUGACAGUACCUGUGCAGGAUGGAGUCCAGACCCAGCAGUAGCAGGUCCUGGGGUCCAGGGAGGAAUGCUGCAUGGGCGGCCCUGGCAUCUGGGGUCUGCCCACCAUAACCUGGGUGGGGAUCUUGGGUCUGAGAUUGGAUGUCUUCAGUGUCCUCCCUGACCAGCCUGUCAGAGGGGCCAACACGGCGUCAGCAGCCGUGGAGGCUGGUGAGGGGUGGAGAGGGCCCCUGUGGCUGGGGAGCCUGGGAAGGGAGGCCUGGAUGCAGCAGGAGCGCCAGAGAGAGAGAUUCGGUGGCAGGUGGGAUUGGGGGCUCUGUGUAUCUUUAUCUGGGGACUCUGAAUCUAGAUUCCUGCCACCUUUGAGGUCCAAGGAAACAGAAACCAUGCUGAUUUGUCUCUUCGUUGAGAACACAGCUGUUGUCCAACACAGCAAGCAGCAUCAGAAAUUAUUCUGAGGCCUUCACAAAAAGACUCUGUAAUGACAGUUCCUGGGUUUGGGGACCUCCGUCUGACAUAGCUGUGCUUGUCUUUGGAGACAGAAAUCGCCUGUACGUGUUUGGGCCCUUCUUCAUCCGGCAAACCCCGAAGGAAGGGGGCAUCUCUGCCGGCCUUGCCACAACCGUGAGAAGGCCAAGGGCCUGGGCAAGUACAUCUGCCAGCGGUGCCACCUGGUCAUCGACGAGCAGCCCCUCAUGUUCAGGAGCGACGCCUACCACCCUGACCACUUCAACUGCACGCACUGUGGGAAGGAGCUGACGGCUGAGGCCCGUGAGCUGAAGGGCGAGCUCUACUGCCUGCCCUGCCAUGACAAGAUGGGCGUCCCCAUCUGCGGUGCCUGCCGCCGGCCCAUUGAGGGCCGAGUGGUCAACGCGCUGGGCAAGCAGUGGCACGUGGAGCACUUCGUCUGCGCCAAGUGUGAGAAGCCAUUUCUGGGGCACCGGCACUAUGAGAAGAAGGGCCUGGCCUACUGUGAGACUCACUACAACCAGCUCUUCGGGGACGUCUGCUACAACUGCAGCCAUGUGAUUGAAGGCGAUGUGGUGUCGGCCCUCAACAAGGCCUGGUGUGUGAGUUGCUUCUCCUGCUCCACCUGCAACAGCAAGCUCACCCUGAAGAACAAGUUUGUGGAGUUUGACAUGAAGCCCGUGUGUAAAAGGUGCUAUGAGAAGUUCCCACUGGAGCUGAAGAAGCGGCUGAAGAAGCUGUCGGAGCUGACCUCCCGCAAGGCCCAGCCCAAGGCCGCGGACCUCAACUCUGCCUGAAGGGCCUCUUGCACGGCCGCCUCUCGGGCCCUCUGCCUUCUCCCCUCCCGCUGUCCCUGCUCAGCCCCCUCGGCCCGGUCCACCUGCGCCUUCCGCACCUUACCCUCCCCUUCUCCUUCCUCAUUGCCUCCUCCCUUCCUGUUCCCUCAUCUCUGCCUUCCCCAUGUCUCUCUUCUCCUUGGCUGUGGCUUCCCUCUGUGAGGAGGCAGGAGCUAGGGAGUGGGAGCCUGUGACCCCACGUCUGACAGCCACAGCCGCCUGUGCCCACAGCUUCCGCCCACAGACCUCCAGGGACAGGAGCAAAUUGCACCACAGUUCCCCGCCUGGCCCUCCCCAGGUGGCUCGGUAGCUCGUGCUGUCCUGUGACAGCCCCUGCCCCAGAGCAGCCCCACUAAGUGCAUGUGGCUCCUGGGCCACCCAUAGCCAGGGCAGCCUGCUGGAGCCACAGGGCCAGGGCCACGCAGAUGGAGGCCUCUAGGAGCCACCUGCAAUCCCUCUCCACUCAUUCAACCAGUGGCACAGUGUCCCUGUGCCCACACUGAGCCAGCAAGUCCUGCUGUCCACACCCACAAGCUCCCUGGAGGGACAGGACCCACCUCCAUCCCUCGGAAGGCCUUCCUGGAGUCCCACCUUGGCCACCCCCGCACCCAGCUUGGGGCUUGUGUUGAGCCUUUGGGCUGGGCCAGGGUCCAGGAGGUGGUGGGGUCGCAGGUGGCUUGUUAGCACCGCCAGGGAGGACGCUUCCUCUGCGGCCGGCGCAGACCCGGUGCGGGGCUCACGCUUGCACAAUGAAGGCUUGUUCACACGA